UCGACCUCCAUGGGCAUGGACUUCGAAUCCAGCGCUAUCGUUCAGUAUUAUUCAGACAUUAACCAGAAGCUGACAGAAUCGUACGAAGACACGGAUGUCCUGGAUAUCGACGCCUUGAAUAACACUCGGAAAGCUGACAGGGACGUGAUAUUCUUCAACCGGGUACCAAAAGUCGGUUCCGAAACAUUCGCGGAACUCCUCAGAAGACUCGCCAUGUCAAACGGGUUCUACUUCACUCGAGACAUGCUUCAGAAGUUUGAGCAUAUUUUACUCUAUAAGGAGAAAGAGUUCGAACUGGCGAGAAGGAUUAUUGGUCUCCCUGAACCAUCCGUCUUCAUAAAGCACAUCUGUUUCAUGAAUUUUACCGAAUUCAAUUUGCCAGAACCGAUUUACAUAAAUCUGGUUCGAGACCCGGUCGAGCGUGUAAUUUCCUGGUACUACUACGUCAGGGCUCCGUGGUACUUGAUUAUGCGGAAGCAGCAAUUUCCCGACCUACCUUUUCCCGAUCCGAACUGGUUGCAAAAGGACUUCGAUUCCUGCGUCCUGGAGGGUGACAGCGAGUGUCGAUACAUCGAGGGCGAUAUCCAGGAUGGCAUCAGUGACCACCGAAGGCAGACCCUCUUCUUUUGCGGCAGCCACGAAGAAUGCUUACCGUUCAACACGGUGGGUGCUUUAGAGCGGGCUAAACUGACGGUCGAAAAAAAUUACGCUGUGGUCGGAAUAUUGGAAGAUUUGAACACCACUUUGACCGUAUUCGAAAAUUACAUACCAAGAUUUUUUCGAGGAGCAUUGAACAUCUACUGGGACCAAGACAACGCGUUGAGUAGAAAUAAGAAUUCUCUGAAGCCAACGACGAGUCAAAAGGUGAAAGACAUAUUGCGGAGAAACUUUACGAAAGAAAUUGAGUUUUAUCAAUUUUGUCAACAGAGACUUUACAAACAGUUCAGAGCACUGAGAUUAACCAAUUAGUCAAAUUAAGAUAAGCAACGAAAAUCUUCAAAGAUUAAUCUUACAAACGGUUAUUAGAAUUUCCGAAUUUCUUCUGCGCGCAUCGUGCAGUUUAU